CCCUCCUCUCAUAUAAAUCCACCCCCCUCUUCUCUUCCCCUUCUUCCACUUGCUCAUCCCCACCCGCAAGAAACAGGACACAAACCACGGCCAAAACCAGAACUCCUCCCCUCCCUCCUCUCUUCUCUUACCUCCUCCUCUUCUCUGAGAUCUCCCCUUCGAUCUCUCCUCUCACACAACCACAAAGAACUCUACUAGCUAUUAGUCCUAGCAGCAACACUGCUUUUAUACUAUGGGUAGGUCUCCAUGCUGCGAGAAGGCUCACACAAACAAGGGAGCUUGGACUAAGGAGGAGGACCAACGGCUCAUAGCCUACAUCAAAGCCCAUGGAGAAGGCUGUUGGAGAUCCCUCCCCAAGGCUGCAGGUUUGCUUCGAUGCGGCAAGAGCUGCCGGCUCCGAUGGAUAAACUACCUCCGGCCCGAUCUCAAGCGCGGCAAUUUCACGGAGGAGGAGGACGAGCUCAUCAUCAAGCUCCAUGGCUUGCUUGGGAACAAAUGGUCUUUAAUAGCCGGGAGGCUGCCGGGGCGGACUGACAAUGAGAUCAAGAACUACUGGAACACCCACAUCAAGAGGAAGCUCCUGAGCCGAGGCCUCGACCCCCAGACUCACCGCCCACUCAACGGCGGCGGCCCCUUCGCCGGCCCCCAGCAACAAGAGGCCCCCGGCGGCGCCACCGCCGCCAAGCCCGCAAGCUCCGGCGACGAGGGCCGCAGCUCCGGCGCCAGCCUCGACGAGGACCGCUUCCCAGACCUCAAUUUAGACCUCUCGAUCAGCCUCCCUUGCCACUCUCCGAAAAGGUCCCCACCUUCAGAGCCCUUGGCGGCAGCAACAGCAGCAGCAGCAGCAGAAGCAGAAGCCACAACCUCCACAAGUAGUUACACUCAACCCAUUUGCUUGUGCUGCCAUCUCGGCUUUCCAACCAGCGAUACUUGUGGCUGCCAAACUAAUACUCCAAACUCACAGUCCCAUGUCUAUAGAUACAUCAGACCAUUUGAAGAAGGGCAGCAGCACCUAAAUUACUCCAGUUAAUUUAAAAAAAGCUUGUAUCGCUGCUCUCUUCUUUUUGGAUCGUAUUAGCCCACGGAGAAGAGAAAAUAUGCUUUGGUUUUUGAAAUGACCUAGACU